GAGAUCUCUUUGCAAUAUGGCGCAUUUCCGGUCAAUAUUAACCCAACUUUUCGCGAUUUCACACGUUUUUUACUCUUCCCGUGUCGAAUUAAAGACGCAUGAUGAGGAAACCUACAUGCAGUAUUACAAUUACGCGGAAUUUAGUCGUCGCCUUGAGCAUUUCGCUGAAAAAUACCCAGACAUUUGCAACCUCACGAGCGCCGGCAAGUCAGCUGGAGGCAGAGAAAUUUGGGUGAUAAGAAUCACAGUGCACAUCAAUCUUCUUGGGGAUGUUCCUGGAAAACCGAGAUUCAGAUAUUUGGGUAACAUCCACGGGGACGAGCUGCUGUCCAGACAGAUCUUGGUUUACCUCAUUGAUUAUCUCCUGAGUCAGUAUGGAACUGAUCCCAGAGUGACUGACCUCAUAGACAACACUGAUAUUUAUAUCUUACCAAGUGGGAAUCCUGAUGGCUUCGAGAAGGCUGUAGAAGGGGAUUGUACUGGCAGCAAAGAGGGUCACAAACGUAUCACUACAAGCCCUAGUUUCUCUGAUCGGUUUGAUCCGAGAACUUUGGGAAGUCCACCUGAGAUGUUCGCUGUCGUUAAAUGGGUUUUACAGAAAAAGUUUGUUCUUGCUGGAAACUUGAAAGGAGGCUCAAUACAGACCACCGACCCCUUUGAUUACCCAAGUUCCCAUGUUACACCAGGUGCAUACAGACAUACAGACCAUGAUGAUGAUGAUGAUGCGCUCUUUCGCUAUUUAGUACAGACUUUUACUGAAAACCACUCGAUCAUGAAAGAAGGCAAGUCCCUGUGUCCUGUUGAGCUAAACGAGGAGUUCAGUAAUGGGACGACCGCAGAGUGGACCGAUGUGCAAGGAAGUAUACAAGACUUUAGUUACUUCAGAGGAAACUGCUUUGAAGUCACCUUCCAGCUGAGCUGCUGCAAAUAUCCAUUGGCUGCAGAUCUCUAUAGUGAAUGGAACAACAACAGGGAAUCUCUAGUAGCAUUCAUGGAAAAGGUUCAUAUUGGAGUCAGAGGGUACGUCAUGAACACCUCAGGAAUGGGUAUCCCCGGCUCAAGCAUCUCCGUUGCCGGAAUAGACCACAUCAUCACAGCAUGGAUAUUUGGUGAUUAUUACCGGUUGCUGCUGCCAGGAAUUUAUAACAUCACAGCCAGUGCUCUUGGGUACCGUCCAAGCACGAUAAACAACGUAACAGUAAAUAAAGGCAAAGCUACUCUGCUAAAUUUUGUUCUAAAUAAUUUGAGCGAAGAGGUGCGAGCGCCAUGGCUUCCUACCUCUCCUGUACCGACCGUAUCGUACCAGUCUAUUGAACAGGUUCUCAACAAACAAGAAGCUUCUACAUCUGAGCCACCAGUCAAGAGUCAUCACAGUUACUCGGACAUGGAAGCGUACUUACAGCAGAUUAGCUCUGUUUAUUCGUCUCACGCCCAGCUGCUUUCGAUCGGCCAAUCCGUUAUGGGCAGGGAACUUUUUCUCAUGAAGAUAUCAUCUAACCUUGGCACUGAUGAACCAGGUAAACCUGAAAUUAUAUUUGUUGGCAACUUGCAUGGCAAUGAUGCUGUAGGUCAGAAGAUUCUCUUGAAUUUGGUUGAAUACCUGUGCCGUAAUUACGCCAGCGAGCCUUUUAUCACCCAGCUGGUGAACAGUACGAUCGUGCACAUCCUGCCUUCUGUGAACCCAGAUGGUUAUGGAACGGCAGAAGAAGCUUCUGAAUAUUUACGUGUAGAUGGAGAAUUCGGUGAUGGUGUGAAACACGGCGACCGACAAAACAUUGACUUGAGCUGGAACUUUCCUGACCAGAUCCACGCAGACCGUUUUGUCCGACCAGAAACCAGGGCAGUGAUGAACUGGAUGAAAGCUCACUCGUUUGUUUUGUCUGCUAGCGUUCUUGGUGGUGUGCUUGGAGUGAGGUAUCCAAGUUCAGUUGAUUCUGUUGACGAGGCUGUAUUUAAAUCAAUCGCACAAGCCUAUUUGGAAUUUUCAUCUCAUCAGACGUCACAGACCUGUGAGGAUUUGGACGGAAAUAAAAUGAAUCCUUCUGCCCCUAUAGGGAUCGAUCUGGAGACUUGGGAGUACGGUAACACAGACACUCUGGGAGUCCUCAUUGGAGUAAGCUGUGAUCUGGAGGAACCGGUCGAAAAAAUGACGACGUACUGGAUACAGAACCAAAGGCCUUUGCUGCGCUUAAUCCAACAGGUUCAUUUUUCAGUCAGAGGUCGAGUGACUGAUAGCCAGUCUGGUCAGGCUAUUGCUAAUGCUACCAUAGAGGUCGAAGGCUCUAUGCAUCAGGUUCAUACCAGCAGCACAGGAGAGUUCUGGAGACCUCUGGCUCCUGGGAUGUACCAGCUCCAAGCCUUCGCUCCAGGAUAUGUUCCCGUCUCAGUUUUGGUGAUGGUGACUGUAACUUGGGUGAAGCAGGUGGAUUUUGAACUGACCAGAGAUCAGCGGCCGCAAUCUGAAACCCAGGUGGAGGAAGAAGAAUUUCGGAGGUUGGUGGAGAACCUGUCCUCUCUUCGCAGCCUCGAAGAGCUCGUACAAAACUGGCUUCCAGCCAGAACGUUGCACUACAGGAAGCACACAGAACGCUCCGAGUUCCUGCUUGGACUUCACCUCAACUUUCCUCGUAUCACUCGUCUGUACAGUCUGGGUAACAGCUGGGAGUUACGGCCUAUUUGGGCUCUGGAGAUCUCUGGAGGUCCCGAGUCAACACGACCCACGGUGCCAAGAAUCCGGUACGUCGCAGGUGUCCAUGGAAAUGCUGCAACGGGGCCAGAGCUGCUGCUGGAGUUUGCAUCUGUUCUCUGUAUAAACUAUGGUGGGAACCCUGCCAUCACCAAGCUGAUUGACAGGAGCAGGAUUGUGAUCGUGCCUUGCGUGAACCCGGACGGUCGAGAGCUGGCUCAGGAGGGCUCGUGUUUCUCCACAACGGGACUCACCAAUGCUCACGGUGUAGACCUUGACACAGACUUUAUCUACGGAAACAUCUCGGCGCAACCGGAAACACGUGCGAUGAUGGAUCUGAUGGAAGGAGGAGGCUUCUCUCUGUCUGUUACACUAGAAGGAGGCUCUUUGAUGACAACGUACCCCUAUGACCGACCCACAGAAUCAGCACACAGUGAAGAAACCCUGAGAUAUUUGGCCUCGAUCUAUGCAAGAAGUCACCCUGUGAUGCACUUGGGUUACCCUGGGUGCAGAAACGGACUGGAGUCAGUUCCAGGAGGAAUUCUAAGAGGUGCAGACUUCAAAGGUCACAUGGGGAGUAUGAAGGAUUAUAGUGUGGAUGUGGGUUUGUGUCCUGAGAUCACGGUGUACACCGGUUGCUGUCUUUACCCUCCUGCUCAGCAGCUGCUUCCUCUCUGGGCAGAGCACCGGUCGGCUCUGUUCGCCAUGCUGCUGGAGGUUCAUAAAGGGUUGAGUGGCGUGGUGAAAGACCAAGAUGGCCGCCCGGUUUCUGAUGCAGUGAUCAAGGUGAAUGGCUCGGUGUUUGUGCGUACAGAUACGCAAGGCUUCUUCCACACUCUUCUGGCUCCAGGAACUCAGCAACUGCAGGUUCAAGCUUCAGGUUUUGACAAGCAGCUCAUGCAGGUAAAUGUGUCCUCGCAUCAAGAGGCAGUUCCUAUAAUGAUCAAGUUCAACAAAAACGUAGGACACCGAGGCCAGGGAUUGGUGCUGGCUGCUGCAAUCUCCGUAACCGUCGUCCUGCUCUGCUUGCUCUUCAUGUGGCACAUCCGCUCAGCUAAGUUCAGCCGGAUCAGGGACUCGUUCAGACGGCUCCGUCUUCUGCGAGAAACACUACGACCCGAGGCCACAUCAUCCGAGAAGUUGCCUCUACACAACGUGUUUUUGGAGGACAGUGAGAGCGAAGAUGAUGCUUUUUACCUCGAGCAGCGUUGAUUUAAAAAGUCUUGGCACCCUGAGUUUACCAU